AUCAAUGGACCGCUCUCCACCAACGUCGUCCCCGCGUCACUGUUUUUCGGUCCGGAAACAACAAGGAACGCCUCCGACUAGACAGGACGGUCUGGUCGACACGUACAUCUCCGUGGACGGCCUUCGGAGACGAACCUGCCAGCGACGACAACCGCCAUCCGCAGCCGAGGGAGCCAGGACAGGCGCCCGCCGAGUACGCACGAGACACGGCGAGAUCAAGGUGCUGCCACAAGGGCCAAUCGCCCGAUCAUUCCGGGAUCACGGCAGUCUUGAGGACCGAGCACCAGGGACGAGUCACGUUGGAAGGCCAGCCAGCACUGGAAGGGCAGCCGACGUUGGAAGGACAGCCGGUACUUGAGUCGCAGAUACUCUUUGCCUGGACCACCAUCCCAUCCUGAGGCACACCAUCCGCGAGACACUGUACCAGGCAGAGACGACAAACCAACAGUCAUGUUGGACUCUACUGAGAAGCAGGCCAUCAUCCCCCGGAACGGGUCAUCGUGCUGCCCGUGCCGCUUCGUGCUCACGCUGUUCCUGUUCAGCGGCCUGCUGCUGGCGUACGCGCUGCGGUUCUCGCUCAGCGUCGCCCUGGUGGCCAUGGUGAACAGCACCGCCAUUGCGGCCAUCGGUGGCGCCACCGCCGACGAAGGCAACCUGACCACCUGCCACGUCGAGCAGCCGUUGGAAGGGCGGGAGCACGCGAGGAAGGAGGGUCCCUUCCCCUGGAGUCCCGGCACGCAGGGCCUGGUGCUGGGCGCCUUCUUCUACGGCUACACGCUCACCCAGAUCCCGGGGGCCUUCCUGGCCGAGCGCUUCGGCGGCAAGUGGCCCUUCGGACUGGGCCUCCUCUGCACCGCCACCAUGACGCUGCUCACGCCCAUGGCCGCCAAGGCCGGGGCCCACGUGCUCGUCGCCGUCCGCGUCAUCGAGGGACUCGGCGAGGGAGUGACAUAUCCAGCCAUGUUCAGCAUGGUGGGCAGAUGGGCGCCGCCACAUGAACGGGGAUCCCUGCUGGCCGUCGCUUACAUCGGCUCCAACGUGGGCGCCAUCUUGGGCAUGCCCCUGACGGCACUCUUCUGCGACACGCCCGGUCUCGGCUGGGAACCAGCCUUCUACGUCUUCGGGGCCGUGGGUUGCGCUUACUUCGUAAUGUACGCAUGGCGCGUACGGAGCGAUCCACACGGGGACCCCUGGAUCAGCGACGCCGAGCUGGAGUACAUCUCGCGAUGUAGGGAGACCCUGGGCCCCGAGGAUCCCAAGAUCCAGCGGGUGCCCACGAGACCCGGACCUACCCCCUGGGGCGCCAUCUUGAGGUCGGGGCCCCUGCUGGCCCUCACCCUGUCCCGCUUCUCCUCCCUCUGGGGACAGUUCACCGUGCUCACGGGACUGCCCACCUACAUGACGUCAGUCAUCCACCUGCCCCUGGGAAAGAACGGGCUGGUGAACUCCGUGAUCUUCAGUGCCCAGAGUGUGGGCAUGCUCAUCGGGGGCUUUCUGGGUGAUCACUUCCGAAAAAAGAGCUACAUGCCCACAACUGCCAUCAGAAAGCUGUUUCAAACGGUUUCGCUUGUCGGGGCCGGCCUGGUAUUGGCACUGGUGCCCUGGGCGGGCUGCAACCAAAUGGCGGUAUCCUCCCUCCUGGUGCUAGCCAUGGGCAUCUACGGACUCGCCGCCGGAGGUGUGACACCGGCCAUCGUAGACAUGGCGCCAGCAUACGCAGGCACACUUUAUGGCAUCUGUGGCACCAUUUCAAAUGCCUCUGGGUUCUUGGCACCCUUGGUAGUUGGCGUCAUCACUACUCCAGUGCCCAGCUUGGCCAACUGGAGUGUGGUCUUCUACCUGACAAGUGCCAUCUACCUGUGUGGGGCGCUGGUGUUCCUGCUCUUUGGCUCCGCCGAACUACAGCCAUGGGCCAAGCCACAGGUCACCACAUCCUCCCUCGCGGAACCGACGGACGGACGUUUCGAAUUCACCACGAGUCUCGCCGAGAGCUUCCGCAUGUUCUAGGAGAGUGUCGCCUCUACAUGUCGGAUUUCUAUGCACUCGAGAGCACAUGAUGGGUGCUUAAACUAGGCACCAAGUUAAAUAAUAGGUAUGGCCAGGCACACAACAAAUCGGAACAAGUGAAACACCUUGCCACUCCUGUUUGUAAACGGGUGCCAGUAUGAAAGUUAAAUGUGUAUGCGAGCGGUGAGAAAGCACAUAAAAGAUCCCUCAGAGAGACGCAGGCUCCUUCCGAUGACAGCAGGCAGUGUGAACGUAGCGAGAUGAAUGCAUCGAUACAUUCUAGUUUCCAUUGCAUACAAUUAUACGCCUGAAAUCGACGACAGCCUGUGGUGAGGUGCAAGAGCCUAUUAUUGCUUGGGGAGGGACAUAAGAAAACUAUUAUAAGAGGGAAAGAAAUUUAAUGGCUUCAAAGCAGCCGAGGUAGUGAUGUACCAGGUAUUUACGAAUCCCGAGAGAAGCUCGCUGGUGAGAAGCUCACCGGAGAUAAGGUCAUCGGAGAAAAGCUCACAGGAGAAAAACUCGCCCACUUUUAUGCGGGUCCAGAGAAAAGCUCACUAGCCUUUCUACAGACCUGGAGAAAACUUCACCUUGAAUUAAAUUAUUACGUAAAGUGGUCGUUAUCACUUCAUAGAAGCAGUGCUACCAAGGUUUUAGGCGUCUUUCACGCAGGUGUUACACCGUACAACAGAACUAGUGCGAAGCUACUUUUCGCAUCUUACUUAGAGAAGGGGUUGAUCAGCGUCAUACUUUUAUUGCAUAAAUUUGUGCCUGGAAUGAGCACUUUCCACCGCACAAGUAGCUUUGAUAGCAACUGCUAAAAUGUAAACAAAAAAAGUUCAUCAUUUGUUUAUGUAGACAGUGUCACCCAUUGUACACUUCACGCCAGGCUGUUCUGCUGUAAGGAAAAAAUAUUAAAAAAGGGUUAUUAAUAAUGUUUUAGAUUUAUUUUAUUUAAAUCAGGCUAAUAUCACUGUAGCUGGAAAAUAUUGAUUAUUUAUCACUAUAUGCAUUUUUAAACAUGGCAAAUUGUCUGAUCAAUUCUUCUAAUCAGUGAAAAAAAAAGCGAUAAAAGGAACCACAAAUGAACAUGUUUUGUUCAUGAAAACACUGCCAUACUAGAACGAGAACAGCUUAUUUUUUUGUUUGAAAUAAAACUGUAGUGGCUUUUUUUUUUUUGCAUUCUGAUUUUUUUUGUAACACGACAUUACUUUCUCAGUUUUCGUUUUUAUCUUUUGCGUUCCGAUUUUAUUGAAAAAGAUGUGACGUAACUGACGAACAAAGUUGGAGGUAGAAAGGAAGCUCAACUCAUUGAUUUGCUCCGAAGACCAAUGCUUUUUAUUCGUGUUCAGUCCGACAUAAAUCUUUCUUCUGUGACGAUUCUUCGAUUUAAAUAUAGAAUUUAUGAUCAAAUAGAAAGCAUCAAAAACUAAUAAAACAGGAAAAAAUAUUUUGGGAUCAUUCUUGCGGGCAAGGUGAUUUUCAUUCUCCACCCUGGCUGUAGCCCUCGGUCCACUUUUAUGUCAAACCAUUUUGCGCGAGUGUUACCAUAUUUAAUUAAAGCAUAGCCGGGAUAGAGGAAAUACAACCUUUCAUUUUAUUUUCCGUUUGAAUAAGAUAAGAACUGAAACCACUGUUUCUGAAACAAAUGGUGAAAUGUAGAGAUUUGGCAAUGUGGUGUCUGUAUACUACAUAAGGUGAUUUCAUAAAUUAAUAUUCAUAAAUUAAUAUUCAGAAACUACUUAAGCUGCAGCUCCCUACGCUAGCUAUAUUUCCCCCCGUUAUUUUUUUUCAAAAGUGUUCUAUUGAAAUUCUUUUUUUUUUUUUUACUUUACAUUAUUUAUUAUUUACAUCAGGCAAUGCCCGACGUGUUACAGGAUGUUUUGAGUGAACGCAUUUCACUUGAAUGAAUGCUCAAUCCUUAGAUUUGUAGGUGAGCUUUUCUCCGCGUGGGACAGUUUUAUAGUGAGCUUUUCUCCAGUGAGCUUUUUUCCGCCGCCUGGUAUUUACGGGGAAAAGAGGAGAUGCUGUCUUCCACCAAGAAUAUUUUUCUUCUUCAAUGUCUCCGAAUGGGUUCCAUGCAAUACUACCAUUUUAGACAGUGCUCUAUAAACGACAGCUGACUUUGCUGCUAUGUGCCUAUCACUGAAAUUGUGGUUCCUAUUUUAGACACUUAAGAUGGGCUUAAACGUCCAUACUCUAGUCACCUCAUAACCACUAAACGGUGUGCUCGACGACAACUGCAUAAAGUGGGAAGGUUCUAAUGAUGAAAAUAGUUCAACUCUUAGUGAAGUUGUAUGUCUACACUGAAAGUGGUGUGGGAAGCCAUUAUGUACAUAUUAACCUCUCUGCACCAUUCUACUUGUAUCUAGAACAUGUGUCAUACAAACUUUCAUUUCACACUGAUAUACCUACAUUGAAAGCACUGCAUUCUGGAAGAACACAAAUAUGAGCUGUUUUGAGUGUUAUUUCAAGUUGGUCAAAAUGUUAAAAUUUCAACCCCCCUAGCAGAUCAUUUAAUGCCACAAUGAACAUGCUCUGAUUAUAGUAUUAUUUAAAUCAUUGCAUGGUCUCAUUACCAGCAAUGGCACAGCCAGGAAUUCUUUUUCUUUUUUUUUUGGGGGGGGGGGGGGGGGGGGGGGGUGGCGGGCUGAGGUAGCUGGGAUGCGCAUGACUGGGGGUGCGGGGAAGGGGGCUGAUCAAAAGGCAUGUGCAUAAUUUAGGGUUAGCUGGAUUUCGGGAGGGUGGGCUGAAGCCCCAUAACCCCCCCACUGGCUACGCCUCUGAUUACCAGUAUAUUUUGUCAGACUUACAAACCUUUAAGGAACUGCUCACUGUAUCACAAGGAGGUGACAUAUGCUGCCACUUCAACGUUUUUGGGCAAGGGAUCCUUCCAUUUUUUUUCUUUUAUUUGCAUUAGCCAUUUCUAGCAUGCCACAUGUUAUGUGAGCUAUCCACUAACCAAUGCUUUUGCAUGACAAUAGUCUCCCUAUCAAGAUAAUUGUCAUUCCUCAAAUAUCUUUACCAUUAAAAUCAUUUCUGUUACUCUUUAAAUGCUAAACUACCCUAUAUAAAACAAAUAAAGGAACAAGAGCCCCAACUCGGACUGCUCCCAUGUGGUGCCAAUCACUUGCAGAUGUGAAAUAGUAUUCAAACAUGUUUCUCCUAAUAAAUAAAAACUUAAAAAAAAGAUGGUUCCGGUUCCUGCACAUGAACUUUUUCCUUUGUUAUCGCUAGCAACACUCAAUGACGAGAAAUGCUUUCAGUCACAUGACCCAUCGCCACAACCUAAGCACAGAUGAUCUAGAACAGAAGGGCAGUGGGAUCAGAGCUUUGUGAAGCUCACAGUAAUGGUGGCGACUAUAAUAACAAAUAUGGAGGUGUAAGCCAAUUAAUGGCUUCGCAGGGCUCUGCCUCUGCAUCUAGUAGACAGGCAAAUCACGUAGUGGUUCUGCUUACCCCAAUCGAGCAUUUUUAAGCAAUAGGAAAGGGCAACUCCAAAUCGAGAGGUCUCCGUCUUCCGAGUUGCCAGCAUGUAUGCGAGAUGUCAGUAAAAAAAAAUGUUAUUCAACGCUCAUUCUUUUUUUUCUUCUUCUUUUAUGCAAGUGUAAUUAAAUAGAAGAACACUGGGUAUGUCUUUAUAGUACAAUUGCAAAAGAAGAGGUGCUAACAAACACUGGCAGAAACAACAACCAUUUUACAAAAAGAAUGAGACCCUGCCCACAUUUAGAACAUUCAGUGUACAUUCCAGCAAACAAUAAUCUGGCGCAUGAAGCUUUGUACUUGACAUUUCAAUGCAGAAGUUCCACAUGAAUUUAAAAAAAAAAAAAGAAGUGUCAAAGUGGCAGUACUUUUAAUUAUAGGUUAUUUAUCUCCAUGCAAAGCAAGUACUAUAUUGAUGUAUAGUCUUUGCCAACAUUUCUUUGAACAGGUUGAGUGAAGCACUUAACAUUUGAUUAGAUGCCGUGGCCAAAGCUUCAGUUGCUGAGUCACUAUUAGCAUAUGUGAAAACCACUCAAGAAUCACAAUUAUAUUUGUUACUCAUUUCAUUAAUUGGGAUGGGUGUCUACAAAAAUACCCACAAUAGAUGGACGUCGCCAUUGUCUCUCUUUGCGAUGAUUGAAACAGGUUUGACUUGGCGGUUACAAGACUAACAUUCAGCAAUGAUAGUAGAUACUGAAAUGAUGCAUUCCACAAAAAUGUAGGAACUGGAAUCUUUCAGGCUGUAUACUGCUUGUAACGUAUGGACUGAACUUGACUUAAAAAGUCGGUUGGAAAAGAUGGCGGCUUAAUUAAAACUAACAGAGAACCAAACACUAAUAAAUGGAUAGAGUAUGCCAAUUCAUUUUACAGUAGGAAAUCAUAGAGUUGCCAUUGGCAUACAUACCCACUAGUGUCAUAUUAGCCACAGCCAGUGCACUGGUCAGUAAACCUUCUAGUAUGAAUGCUGUGCCGCAUCUGCAGUGCACUCCCAGAGAACAUCCACCGACUUUGGAAGUGCAAGCACAUGUAGGUUAUGCAUACACUUAAAGCACCACCAAAGGCAGCAUACACCUGCUGGAGAAAUUGCCACUCCAAGAGAUUACACACCCUUGCUACCUGCUCGGGAGGAUGCAAAUCUCUCAGGAUGAGUCCUUAAUGUACGCUUAUUUUUCAAUGUUGCACCAUCCUGUAUGACUCGAUUUGACUUCUUUUUAAGCACUGAAGCUCGACGCUUGACGGAGGAUAUCAAUAACAUCAGAUCAGCGCUUACUGAAAUCAAUAUUUUUUUUAAUGUACUAGAUAGCAACUAGGACACUUUCUUUUUCUUAUAAACCAGUGGUUAAGCUUUAAAUAUGAGCUUUAUGAUUUGUGUUUCGCAAACAAAAACAGAAAAGAAUAAAUAAAUAGAAAAUGUGCAAGACCGUUUCUUGUAGCAAGAAAACGGAAGCCAUACAACCUAGCAACUAGAAAGAAACUACUAAAUUAUACGCCAUAAUAAGCCACCUCCUGUCGCCAUUCCCAGAGCAAAGCAAGUGAAUAACACGGAAACACACGCAGCUUGUAGCAGCAUCCUCACGAUGAGAAAACCGGCGGAUGGUUGGGUACUCAUCACAAAAGUCCGGUCACGUGGAGUCGUCAAAAACGGAACGAGGGCCGCCGGUGGUUUGCUUGCGUCUUGUCUCCACUGGUGUGCUGGCUGACCAGGUGUUGGGUCAGCUGGUACCUGUAUCACGGCGAGGUCAAUACUUCCAUUGUAAGAUACUGCAAGAACUUAGCCAUGACUAUAUACUCCGUUUCAGUUUACAAUAGACAGCAGAGAAUGCUACGAGCCAUCGAAGCCAAUCCCACAUUGUAUGAGCGUCAAGCAACAUUCAAAGUGCGGGACGCAUAUAGUCACGUGGUACCUUCACAGCGCUGCACUGGCUCGGGCGACUAUGGUGUCCACUGCAGUUCAUCGUGAGGUGACACGGAGUAGAGAGGACAGAUUUCCCUACGUAAAUUUCAAAGUAAAACCUGCAAUUCCUUUUUAUGGCCUACCAGUCUUUUUGGGGCUAUUUACAGCUGAAGCCAUCAAUUUCUGAGCUGCUCAGUGGGGCAGAGUUUCGGCGACUCAGCCUGAUGCCGAGUAGAAAAUCUUGGUUUUCCUGGCGACAUGCCUCGACCACGCUAGGCAACACCUU